AGAAAUGUUGAUUUUAAUUGAAAAUAGUGCUGAAAUAAAUUAUUGUAUGUUUAUACGGACAGCGUGCAAAUAUUACGGAAAAUAAAUGUGUGUGAAAAAGAUAAUAAACAACGACAACGCGAAAAGAAAAUAAAAACAAAUAAAAUUUCAAUAAAACGAAAAUGUGAAUAAAUUGCUAAUAAAAAACUAAAAGUUAAAACGCAAAAUGUCCUUCAAAUUUUUGCAGCUCACUUAGAUGAAGGAAGGAUUUUGCGCCCACGCAUCAGCAGCGCAACAACAACACCAACACAGCCGCCAACAGACGAUGAGGCAAACGAGCCAACCAGGCAGCGAGGAAUUUAAAGACAAUUCUACUCCAGAUUACUUACUUCAAUACAAGCCAUGAACCAACCAAGUAGUACUCGCCCGAACAUACAAAGCAAAAACUGCUUUAACAAAAAUGCGUUAGUAAUUAAAUGUAACCAAAGUAACUAGAAAGUUGGAAAGUAUUUAGUCACAAGUAACUGACUACAGACAAAAAUACGCGUUAUAUGAGUCCACCCCCUGAAAAGAGUCCGGCAUUCGCAGCACAGCAAAAUGUUGAUAAAAGAAUACCGUAUACCCUUACCGCUUACGGUCGAGGAAUAUCGCAUCGCACAGUUGUAUAUGAUAGCGAAAAAAAGUCGCGAAGAAAGUCAUGGCGAGGGAAGUGGCGUGGAAAUUAUCAUUAAUGAACCCUACAAAGAUGGGCCCGGCGGGAAUGGUGGGCAGUAUACGAAGAAAAUCUAUCAUGUGGGCAGCCAUUUGCCCGGUUGGAUAAAAAGUUUAUUGCCAAAGAGCGCCCUGACGGUGGAGGAGGAGGCAUGGAAUGCUUAUCCCUACACACGCACGCGCUACACCUGCCCCUUUGUUGAGAAAUUUUCGUUGGACAUUGAAACAUAUUACUUCCCAGAUAAUGGUUAUCAGGAAAAUGUAUUCAAUUUGAGCGGCAGCGACCUGAGAAAUCGCAUUGUGGACGUCAUUGACAUCGUCAAAGAUCAACUCUAUGGCGGUGAUUAUGUAAAGGAGGAAGAUCCUAAGCUAUUUGUAUCUGAGAAAACUGGCCGCGGUCCAUUGAGCGAAGAUUGGCUGGAGGAAUAUUGGCGCGAAGUGAAGGGCAAGAAGCAGCCCACAGCACGCAAUAUGUCGCUUAUGUGCGCCUAUAAAAUCUGUCGUGUCGAGUUUCGUUACUGGGGUAUGCAAACUAAGCUCGAGAAAUUCAUACACGAUGUAGCACUGCGGAAAACCAUGGUGCGCGCACAUCGGCAGGCAUGGGCGUGGCAAGAUGAGUGGCACGGUCUGACAAUUGAAGAUAUACGUGAGAUUGAGCGUCAAACGCAGCUAGCUUUGGCAAAGAAAAUGGGCGGUGCCGAAGAGAGCGAGAGUGAUGCGGAGGAUGCUGAUAGCGUGGCUGACUUGCAUGCGCGGCCCAUUGCAGGCAGCACGGGCAGUGAACGUCGAAAGUCUGGUGGCGCGCCUCCACCUAUUGUUACCCAAGAACCGCCAAGCGCUGAAGGAACUUCGGAUGAGGAUGAAGAGGAGGAGGCUGCACAGGAAGUGAGCGCACGUUCACGUUCGCAGAGCAUACAAAUGACUAAGGCGAAAUUUGGUUCGAAAGGUGCACUGCAUUCACCAGUUGGAUCGGCGCAUAGUUUCGAUUUGCAGCCGCAUGCUAAGAAUGUUCACCAUAAAAAUGUUGCAAAUUGGCGCAUGGAGCGCCUGGAGGUGGACACCAAAUCCAACUCCGAUGAAGAGUUCUUCGAUUGCGUUGAUACCAACGAGACCAACUCCCUCGCCAAAUGGAGUUCGCUUGAGCUGCUCGGCGAAGGUGACGACAGUCCGCCACCGAGUAGUGGUGUCGCGUAUAAAGACAGUCAAGAAGACAGUAUUUUCAAUCAAGACUUCCUAAUGCGUGUUGCCUCCGAGCGUGGCAAUAAGCGACAGCUGCGUUCUUCGGCCAGCGUAGAUCGCACCCAUGAUGCGUCGCCACCGGGUUCGCCCGGCGCGCCAUCUUGCUCCACCACCAUACUCAUACUCGUAGUGCAUGCGGGCAGCGUCUUAGACGCCACCAGCGAGCUGACCGCCAAGAAGUCAGACAUUACC